CAAUUCAAUUACAAACUUUUAUCACCGAUAGGCACUACACGCACAGUACGUAUAUUUUAUUUCAUAGAUUCAUAAAUUAUACGAUUAUUUAAUUUUAUCUUGUCGCUCAACAUUUAUCAAUUUGCUAAUAUCUCUAAACACAAUUCAGAAUAAAAAUGAGUCCACCAAAAGGAUUCCAGUUUGCCAUUGAUCGAGGAGGCACUUUCACGGAUGUGUUUGCUCGCUGCCCCAACGGGAAGGUCCGGGUGAUGAAGUUACUGUCAGUAGACCCUCAGAACUAUGAUGAUGCUCCUACGGAAGCUAUAAGGAGAAUUCUUCAAGAGGAAACAGGCAACGCGUUGGACAAAGAUGGCAAAGUGAACACGUCACUCAUAGAAUCAAUACGGAUGGGCACCACUGUGGCCACCAAUGCUCUGCUGGAGAGAAAGGGUGCGAGGGUGGCGCUCGUCAUCAAUAAGGGAUUCAAGGAUUUAUUGUUCAUCGGAAAUCAGGCUAGGCCGCAUAUAUUUGAGUUGGACAUCAAACGUCCAAGCGUCCUAUACACCGACGUAGUGGAAGUGGACUGUCGUGUCAUACCAGCGUUGGAAGAUCGGUGUCAGAUGAAGAAGACAUGGCCUUCAGUCACUGGUACCACGGGGGAGAAGAUGUUAAUUAUGAAGGAGCUUGAUGCAGAUGCUGUGAGGGAGGAUCUCCUCGUGUUGAGACGAAAAGGGAUAGAGAGUAUAGCGGUAGUGCUAGCGCACAGCUACACGUACGCCGACCAUGAAGUGAUGAUUGGCAAGAUUGCUGUAGACUUAGGUUUCAAACAAGUGUCCCUGUCGCACACGGUUACCUCAAUGGUACGAAUGGUACCACGUGGCUUCACCGCCUGCGCCGACGCAUACCUCACUCCGCACAUACGCGAAUACGUACGUGGCUUCUCAUCGGGAUUCUCCGAUGGACUGAAGAACGCUAACGUGCUGUUCAUGCAAAGUGACGGCGGACUGACGCCUAUGAAUUUGUUCAACGGCUCUCGCGCCAUAUUAUCCGGGCCGGCCGGCGGCGUAGUCGGCUACGCGAUGACGUCAUACCAGAAGGAGACAGGCCUGCCAGUGAUAGGGUUCGACAUGGGCGGCACUUCUACUGACGUGUCCAGAUACGCGGGGGCGUUGGAACACGUGCACGAGGCUACCACUGCGGGGGUCACUAUACAGGCUCCGCAGUUAGAUAUUAACACUGUAGCAGCCGGCGGUGGAUCGAUGCUCUUCUUCCGUUCUGGUCUCCUGGUAGUCGGGCCGGAGUCUGCGGGCGCCAACCCCGGCCCCGUGUGUUACAGGAAGGGCGGACCACUUGCUGUCACUGAUGCUAACCUGGUACUCGGACGUUUACUCCCGGAAUAUUUCCCGAAAAUCUUCGGACCCAAAGAAAACGAGCCUUUAGACAAAGACGCCACCAUAGUUGCUUUUAAGAAAAUGACCAAUGAAAUCAAUUGUUUCUUGAAGCAAAAUGGUGGGAAAGAGAUGACCAUGGAAGAAGUGGCAAUGGGUUUCCUUAACGUGGCAAACGAAGCUAUGUGCAGACCUAUCAGGGCAUUGACGACGGCGAGGGGGCACGACGCCUCGCGCCACGCGCUGGCGAGCUUCGGCGGCGCGGGCGGACAGCACGCCUGCGCCGUGGCGCGCCAGCUCGCCGUCUCCACUGUGCUCCUGCACAAAUAUGCCGGUAUAUUGUCAGCAUACGGCAUGGCGCUUGCGCACGUGGUGCACGAGGCGCAGCACCCGUGCGCGUUGGUGUACUGCCCUAAACACUUCGACCAAUUGGACACACAGCUGGACGUUUUGGCGGCCGUUUGCAGGGACAAAUUGCGUUCACAGGGUUUCUCCGACUCCCAAAUCGAAGUGGAGCCUUAUCUACAUCUCCGAUACGCUGGCACUGACUGUGCCCUCAUGGUCUCUCCCACACCGGGGGACUCGAAACAUGCGACUGCACAUGGCGACUUUUACAAUGCUUUUGUUAACAGAUAUCAAAACGAAUUCGGGUUCACGCUUGCAGAGCGUGACGUCAUAGUUGACGACGUUCGCGUGCGCGGUAUUGGCAAGAGUUCCGUGCCAGCUGAAGUGGCGCCACCUAGCGGGAAAGGAGUGGUUCCAAAACCUGAAAUGAGUGUGAAAGUGUACUUUGAAGGCGGGUACCAAGACACAGCAGUGUAUAUGCUAGACAAGCUACUCCCAGAGCAGGAGGUACACGGUCCAGCUGUCAUAAUGGAUAGCUUGUCGACGGUGCUAGUGGAACCAGAUUGUCGCGCGGACAUAACAAAAUAUGGCGACAUACGUAUCACAGUGGGUUCCGGACGACCUAAGACUGUGACAGCUGAAUUGGACUCUAUACAAUUGAGCAUAUUCUCUCAUAGAUUCAUGUCUAUAGCAGAGCAGAUGGGAAGGGUGUUACAGCGCACAUCAAUAUCAGUGAAUAUAAAAGAGCGGCUAGAUUUCUCUUGCGCAUUAUUUGGUCCUGAUGGCGGUCUAGUAUCCAACGCUCCUCACAUACCGGUACAUCUGGGGGCUAUGCAAGAAACUGUACAAUAUCAGAUGAAAGUACGCGGCGAUUCGCUGAAGCCCGGCGAUGUGCUGCUAGCUAACCACCCGAAAGCUGGCGGCUCACAUCUACCUGACCUCACCGUCAUCACGCCAGUAUUCCACAAAUCUCAUCCCCGUCCGAUAUUCUUUGUUGCUUCACGCGGGCACCACGCCGACAUAGGGGGUCUGACCCCGGGGUCAAUGCCCCCGCAUUCGGUCACGCUGGCCCAAGAAGGGGCGGCGUUCAAAAGCAUGCUUUUGGUUGAUGGCGGGAAGUUUAAUGAGGAAGAGCUUACAGCUGAGCUGAUGAGACCAGCCAAGGAGCCAGGGUGCUCCGGGACAAGGAAUCUGGCGGACAAUUUGUCUGACCUGAAGGCUCAAGUGGCAGCCAAUCAGAGGGGUAUCCAACUAGUGGGCGAGCUGAUUGACCAAUACGGAUUGGACGUGGUUCAGGCGUACAUGUCGCACAUACAGCGGAACGCAGAGCUGGCCGUCAGGGAUAUGCUCAAGGAAAUAGCCAAGAACGCCUUGGCUAAAACAGGAUCGACUGUGCUAAAAGCCACAGAGUAUAUGGACAACGGUACUCCGAUACAACUUACUGUGACUUUGGAUAAGGAUAACGGCAGUGCUCUGUGUGAUUUUACGGGAACAGGAGUGGAAGUGUGGGGGAAUCUGAAUGCGCCUAGAGCCAUCACUCUAUCAGCGCUUAUAUACUGUUUGCGGUGUAUGGUCGGACAUGACGUGCCUCUCAACCAGGGCUGCCUGAAUCCAGUGUCGGUGGUGAUUCCCUCUGGUUCCAUCCUGGACCCGUCAGAGGGCGCGGCCGUGGUGGGCGGCAACGUGCUCACUUCGCAGAGAAUCGUUGAUGUUGUUUUGAAAGCGUUCCAAGUGUGCGCAGCGUCUCAAGGCUGCAUGAACAACCUGACCCUCGGCGAAGACAGCUGGGGAUAUUACGAGACGGUCGCCGGCGGCAGUGGAGCGGGUCCCGGAUGGCACGGCGCAGGCGGCGUCCACACUCACAUGACCAACACGAGAAUCACUGACGUGGAAAUUGUCGAGAGGAGAUAUCCCAUGCUCGUUACUGCCUUUCAUUUGAGGGAAGGCUCUGGAGGCAAUGGUCGCUGGUGCGGCGGCGACGGCGUCCGGCGCGAGCUCGUGUUCCGUCGCGCGGUCAAAUUGUCCGUGCUGACUGAAAGACGGGCGUUUUGUCCCUACGGCAUGAAUGGUGGCGAGCCUGGAGAGAGAGGUUUGAACCUUCUGCUCCGGACAGACGGACGGCUCAUCAACCUGGGCGGAAAGGCGUCAGUCGAAGCUUAUCCAGGGGACAAAUACAUAAUGAAUUCCCCAAGCGGCGGCGGAUACGGCCCGCAGGGUUCAGCCGGUCCGGACGACCGGACAAACAAACGGUACAGCGAGUUCUUAGAACGGGGCAGCGUUUACGAAUAUAGGAGUGCGCAAGAGGGGGUCUAAACGGGAGGGGGGGUGACAUAACUUCCUUUCAAUACAGUUUGCCAAUAAAGACAAGAAAAUACAUGAGGCGAUGGCAACACUUGAGUGUUUAAACCAAUCUUAACUAUUCUAUUUGGUGUUACAAUAGUAAAAAAAGUGUAGUUCUUUUAAUUCGUUUUCUAUUUUAUAUAUACUCGUACAAACUACAUAUUUAUUUUUUUCAUGGGCCUUACUUUUCUUAGCUAUUGUAUUGUCACAGUUUAAUGAGAUUCAUAAUAGGCGAAACGGUCGCCAGCGUUCACAAUGCAGCCAGGGUUGUCACAAUAUAUAAAACACGUGAUUGUGCAGAUACAGUAUCACAUCGUUUUAAUUAACUUUAUUUUCCAAAAGUUGCAGACCUUAGCUCCCGACUCGUCAUUUGGAGUGUAUAGAAAUUUGUAUUAUAAGGCCCUAAUUAUGAGGACACGAAAUUAAUUAAUCAAUUGAACAUAUAUAAAUGUUUACUUAUGUCGGUUUCUGUCUAUAAAACAAUUUCGCUACCAUGAAACCUAAAACAUCUCUCUUUUUCGAUGCGUACACGAUAUGGAAAAAAGAGUGAGUCCACAUACGCACUCUUUGUUCCAUAUCGUGUACGCAGUGACGUGCUACGUGUUCUGUUUCGUGGUAGGUCUUCUAUACAAUUUUGAGAGCUUUUUUGCUACAUUUAUGAUGUUGUAAUCGCUAUUGCGAAAAAUAAUAUAGGUAUUUCACGUUUUAAUAUUCGUAUCUAACCAUAUUAUUUGGCAUAAUAACUGAGCUUUACAGAAACGUGAUAAAAUUUGUUAAUGAAUUAUUUUAUUGAUUUUAUAUUGAUAAAUUUUGAAUCAUUGUUAAAUCUUUUUGAACGUUUUUUUGUUGUUUUAAUUUUAAGAGAAAUAAGUGCAAUUACAAUUUUCAAAAUAUUUUAUUAUUAUACCAAAAUAAUAUAUAUCUAAAUACAGUCCUACGAAUUAUAUAAAUGCUAAAGUGUGUGAGGAUGUAUGUGUGUAUGUUUGUUACGCUUUUACGCAAUAUCUACUGGACGAAUUGUUAUGAAACCUGGUACAUGGGGUAGAAUAUAACCUGGAAUAAUACACAUAGGGUACUUUUUAUUCCGAAAUUCCCACGGGAACGAAGCCCAGGGGGGGCAGCUAGUUAAAUAAAUAUAUGUCAAUAUUUUAUUUACACAAUUGUAAUGUAGGUCGAAAAAAAAAUUAUUUACAAUAAACAUCAUAAUGAUAAUAAAA